AGUGAGUGGAUAGGAAAGCUUGGGAGUGAUAACGCUUGAACGCUGAGUUACAGUUCAUUCUGCAACUCAGUUAUGGCUUCCAUACCAUGUACAACUGCAACCCACCUAUCUUUCACCCCCAAAUCCUUAACUUCUCUAGCUUCUGUGCCCAAAUUCAAUACCCAGUUUCUGGGUAUCAGAAAAAAUCUUGGUUGUUUCAGACCCUCUAAUAUUGGACCUUCCAACGGCUACAGAGCCAAGUGUUGGUUCAAAUUUGGUAAGAACGGUGUUGAUGCUGAAGGUGCUGGUAUUUAUGGAAGCCAAUCCCGUGAUGAUUUUGACAGAGAUGAUGUUGAGCAGUAUUUCAACUAUAUGGGGAUGCUUGCUGUUGAAGGUUCAUAUGAUAAAAUGGAGGCUCUUUUAAGUCUAAACAUCCAUCCAGUUGACAUUUUGCUGAUGAUGGCUGCCUCUGAAGGUGACAAGCCAAAAAUCGAGGAGCUACUAAGAGCUGGAGCUAAUUACGAUGUUAAGGAUGCUGAUGGAAGAACUGCAAUUGAUAGAGCCGCUAAUGAUGAGAUUAAGAACUUCAUUCUUAAUUUUUCUGCUCAGAAAGCAUGAUUUGGAUCAAAUUUCUUUAAUUUAAAGUUUUUAUUUCUUUUUUUUUUUUUUUCCCCAUUUGAUCUUCAAUAUGUUGUCAUUUUCUGAUUUGUUUAUGAUCGAAGUCUAUAGAACAUGAAUGCAUGGAGGGCUUCAACAAUUUAUGUUCUUGCCUACUCUGUCA